AUGGCUGACAGCGGAGAGCCCCCAGCGGCUUCGGCCGCGGCCCCUCCGGGCUCGCCGGCGCAGAAGCGGCGGCCGGGCGGCUCCCCCAGCGCGGGUGCCGCCGGGGCGGAGGGCGCGGCGGCGGCGGCCAUGCCGCGGCUGCCGCUGGGCGGCCCGGGCGGGGCGGCGGGGAUGUCGCUGCCGCGGCUGGAGAAGCCGAUCAAGCAGGCCUUCUACAACACCGGGGCGCUGCUGUUCGCGGGGCUGUGCUGCGGCGCUGCCGUCCUGGUCUACUUCAUCCUGGAGGCCUUCCUGCGGCCGCUGCUCUGGGCUGUGCUCUGCGGCACCUUCCUGCACCCCUUCAAGAGCUCCCUGACGGCGCUGGGCCGCCGCUGGCUCGGUCGCCUGCACCGCUCCCGCACGCCCGUCCUGCUGGCCGCCCUCCUCCUCCCCAUCUGCUUCGCCAACUACGGGGUGGAGGCGCUGGGCGAGCAGGUGCUGCGGCGGCGGCGGCUCCUGCUGCUCCUGGGCGCCGGGGGGCCGCUGCUCUACGGGCUCUACUGCCUGGGCAGCUCUCUGGGCGUGCAGGUGCUGCUGGCCCACGCCGCCUGCCUCAUCUGCCAGGGGCUGGACUACUUCAGCAGCCAGUGGAUAUGGACGUUGGUAGUUGGUUACCUGAUGAUGGUUUCAUUCAAGUGGAAUAUAAGCACUGAACGUUACUUAAAAGCAAUCUCUGUCCCUGUCUGGAUUAUGCUGCUCUUUCAUUUAGCUUCUGUGGCAGGUUCCUGGAGAAUUCCUGUGUUUCUGGUUAUAGUUGUUCUGAUGACUGUAGGCAUGUUGCAUGAACAGCAGAAUGGAAAGGAGUCUUCUGGGGCAGAGCUUCCUGGUCAGAUGAUUUCCAUUGCUGCUUCAACAAUUGCCAUGGCAAUUUCAAUGACAGAAGAUGAGUCCAAUAAUGAACGUUCCUCACAACCCUCAGGAGCAACAGAAGGUGAUCAGCCUCUACAUGCUUCAUCAUCUUUCUCCUCCUCUUCAUCCUCUUCUGGGAGCAGACAAAGACCUGAGAUUGGAUCUUUUCUUAGAAAAAAGAAAACUAGUGAUAUUUACUUUGUUACACUUGUGUGGGCCAUUGUCAUUGUCCAGAUCUGGCUAAAUUUCUGGAUUGUGCAGCUGUUGCCGGUGCCUUUUGCAGUUUGGGCACUUAAAAAACUCGUGGUUCAUUUUGGAGUUUUGAACUUCAUGGCAAACCAUUGCAAAAGUUGGUGGCAACUUGUUGAAAAUUUUGUGAAGGAACGUCAGGAAGCUCUUGCUCCGCGGCCCAUCAGAGGGCUCGGAAGAGUCAUGCUAAAGCUUGACAGUAAGCUGUGGCACUGGCUUAAUAAGAAGAUGAUCGUGUGGUUGGAGAAAAUGCUAGAUAAAAUAAUCAGCAUUUUCAUAAUAUUUUUGCUAGUGAUAGGAACCCUUCUGCUAGCUCUGCUCCUUACUGCAAAGGUACAUCAAGAGAGUGUUCACAUGAUUCAAGUCACAAGCAGCUUGAUCAAUGAGACAGUAGCCAGUCACCCAGAAUGGGCAAACUGGCUCCCAGAAGCCCAGGUUAUUCAGAAGGCACUCAAUUCAGCAGCUAAUAAUGUAUACCAAUAUGGCCGAGAAUGGAUUACACAUAAGCUCCAUAAGAUUUUAGGAGAAAAAGUGAAUAACACCGCUGUGAUUGAAAAACAAGUGCUAGAGCUCUGGGACAGACUUUAUCACUCUUGGUUUGUGAAGAAUGUAACGCAUUCUGGAAGACACAAAGGACACAAAUGGCACAUAAACCGUCAAAACAGCUGGCUUGGUGAUAUUCUGGACUGGCAAGAUGUUGCAUCAUUUGUUCAUGAUAACAUUGAAACAUUUCUUUCGAUCCUGGAGUCUCUGUGGAUAGUGAUGAGUCGCAAUGUGAGCCUCUUAUUUACUACAGUUACAACAUUAGUGACAAUCCUCUUCCAUAGUGGGACAGCUCUUCUCAAUUUUGUGCUUUCAGUGGUGAUUUUUCUGACCACGCUGUUCUACCUGUUGAGUUCCAGUGAUGAGUACUACAAGCCAGUAAAGUGGGUGAUAAGCUUGACACCUUUGUCUCAGCCAGGUCCCUCCUCAAAUAUAGUUGGCCAGUCAGUGGAGGAAGCAAUAAGAGGUGUAUUUGAUGCUUCCCUCAAAAUGGCUGGGUUCUAUGGACUCUACACUUGGCUGACUCACACUAUAUUUGGGAUUAACAUAGUCUUCAUACCAUCUGCAUUAGCAGCAAUCCUUGGAGCAGUGCCGUUUCUGGGGACAUACUGGGCAGCCAUCCCUGCAGUUCUAGAUUUGUGGCUUGUGCAAGGACAGGGAUGCAAAGCCAUUUUGCUCUUGGUUUUUCACCUCUUGCCAACCUAUUUUGUAGAUACAGCAAUUUAUUCAGAUAUAUCAGGGGGUGGUCAUCCUUACCUGACAGGUCUUGCGGUAGCUGGUGGAGCAUAUUACUUGGGACUGGAAGGAGCCAUCAUAGGACCAAUUCUACUUUGUAUACUUGUGGUUGCUUCCAACAUAUAUAGUGCCAUGUUGGUGAGUCCAACAAACUCAGUGCCCACUCCAUCGCAAGCAGCGUGGCCAUUACAGAUUUACCGGUCAUCUAGAGAGAGUCCUGAGGAGAUGAAGACGGCUGCAGAGUGAUGAUGGUGCUGUGCUGCACCUGUUCAACCUGAGAGAAUCGCUGUCUUCUGUCUUGAGUUCACAACAGCCAUGGCCUUCUGUCCCUUUCCAGCUGUGCCUACGGGCAGCUCACAGGGAAGCAUAGCUUGGGUUUUAGGAGAAACCACUUCUCGAACAUCUGCUGGCCUUACAUUAUUGUGCACUUUGCCUCUUCAAGAGAGAAUGUCUACUUCCCAUGGCUUUGCAUACUAACACACAGCUCAACUGCCUGGUUGAAGACCCAGAAGACCUUCUGUCUUCAUAAAAAGAAUAGUUAAGAGGACAGGUAUAUCCACUGGAGUCAUUAUCUUAUCUGCUGAAACGACUAACUUGGCUUUUAUUUAUUGGGCUAUUUGUGUUAUUAAAUUGUAGUAGCUUUAAAGAAAGCUAAUUCCAGAAUAUUUAUUCUGAGUUAAUCUGGUGGCAAAAAAGGUGUAAACCACUAAUUGUUAAACGAAAGUAGAAUAUAAUUAUUUGCUGCUCCUCAAAGUAUUUCUUUAGAGGCUUUGACCAUCAUCUGUAACUCAUAAUAACGCUUAAAUAUUACCCUCUUAGACACACUGAAAUUUAAUGUUGUUGGAGACUGAUAUUUCUAAUAUCUUCCUGAAAUUAGUAGACAUGCAAAUUGUUAAAUGUGGGUUUUCCUCAUUGAAAUAGGAGGACUUGUUUAAGUAGUUUAAAUCUUGCCCUCAUUUGCAGUGAAAUCUGAUAGUAUUUUGCUGUUUACCCACCAUCCCAGUGGAGUUGUCUUGUCAACUAAAUUUAAUCAAAGGCCUUAAGUGUUUUCAGGCAGAGGUAAUGUACAAUUGUCAUGUCUACUUCCAGUAAUAGGAAGAAGUUGAAUGGGGAUUGUUUAAUGUUGGUUUUCAAAUGCUGUGGCUGAGUUCAAUUAACUUUUCAAACAAAUUUAUUUCCAAAGAGGAAGGGGAGAGA